UAUGAUGUAACUUUUAUGCAAAGUUAAUUUCGGCGUUUUCUUCAAUUCUAUAAUAUACUAUGCUAGAUUUGGACCGCUCAGAAGUAGAAAUACAAUUUAUUCUUUCACCAUGACUACACUGUCUCGUUGAAAGUUCGCCGUCAAAGUUGGUUUAGCUGGAAGCGCCGUUUAUUACAUGAAAAAAGAAGGAGUAUGGAAUGAUAGCGAGGUGUCUUUGAAAGCUCUGGAUAGGUUGAAAGAAGCUUCGAAACCUCACUUCGAUCAGCUCAAAGAGCAAGUCCCCUUAGAUUUACAGUUACCGAAGUUGCCUGAAACUGAACAAAUGCAUCAAAUGGUUGGAGUCUAUUGGAAUAGAGGAGUAAUCGCCACAUUCAACUUCUUGCAGAAUCUUCCAACUCAUGUUUCAAAUUGGACUGAUAAAGGAUUAGAUAUUGCUCUCAAGAACGAUGAAAUAAAAAAAUUCGUUGAUAAUUUAAAACUAAGUGAAACUCCCAAACAGCAGUAGUGAAAUCACAGGGUGUUUGUACAUAGAUAAUAGCAAUAAAUUUUAAAUUAUU